AUGACCAUAGCGGAAUUCUUGAACGGAGAAGAGGGUGGAGUGGAGAUGUUGGUGGGGGAGAGGAAGCGGAGAGCCAUUAGGGAUCCAGAAGGGUGGGGGAUCGAUGAGGCAAGGGAGGAGUUAAGGAAGAAACUAGCGGAUGGAGGAGGAGGAGAAGAGGCAAGGGGGUCAAGGUUUGUGAGGGGAAAGGCGAGGAUCUCGUCCCUCCCCACCUCCUACAACGUGGUGGAUCAACUCAAGCUCACACCCGUGAGUGCGAGUGUGUGGAACUACAUCAAGGACAGCGAUAAGGAUAGAAAGGAGUUGUUGGAGGCUUUAAAGAAGGGGGAUGAGGAGAACGAGGAGGGGGCAGCUGCUAUGCAAGGGGUGGCAAAGGUAGUGGCAGCCGCACCGGUGGAGGCUAAGGGGAAGGAGAAGGAGGCACCUAGAGCUAGUAACCUGUUUUUUCAGAUCCCACAGUGUGAUGUGUAUCUCGGGAAGCAUCGGGUGACCGCGAUAGUUGAUUCGGGAGCCUCUCAAACCGCCCUCUCCCACGUGAUAGCUAGAAAGCUCGGGCUACUACCGUACAUCCAGGAUACCACCAUAGAGUUCACCACCUCUAGCGGGGAGACUUCGAAGCCGUGGGGAGUUUUGCCGGACGUGCUGGUUAGAGUAGGGAAGCUGACUCUGCCGGUGGACAUUGCAGUGACGGGAGCGAACACAUACGAUAUGCUCCUAGGGCAGGAUUGGAUCUACUCGGCCAACGCGGAUAUCUUGACUAGUAAGGGGAAGAUAGUUUACCAAGUUAACACCACGGAGACCGACUCGGUCCCCAUCACCACAGGACCAUUGGGUGGUGGUGGCCGCCCCUCCUAUGUGCUCCUCCCCUCCCAUACAACCCACAGGAACAUCAACGAGGAGGAUGAGGAGCGCAUCAAGGAAUGGAUGGAGGAGCAGGACUUCCUCAAGUGGACGGAGGAGAGGAGGGUAGCCAUGGCAGAGGAGGAAGGGGGAAUGGAGUUGAACGCGGAGGAAGAGGAUGAGUACUACCUAUGGCUAAGGGAGCAAGAUGAGGAAGGGGAUAAGGAGGAGGCAUCGAGUGAGGAGGAAGAAGAGGAGGAGAAGGAGCUUAAGGUGGUGGAUGGAGAAGAGGAGGCUUGGGGAUAUGACUUUGGGAGCCCAACGGCGGAGGAGGUAGGGGCUUGGGAGAGUGCAGGCUUGGGGAUCGAUUGGGACAAGGAGUAUGAUGAGAUGGUGGAGAAGUAUGUGGGAGAGGUGAACGAGGCCAAGUGGGAGGGAGAUUCCAUGGUGGACGGAGAGGAGUAUUUGGAUUACGAGUGGGAAGAAGGGGAGCUGGUUUAUGAUAAGAGGAGGAAGCCGAUAAGCACGGACCAUUUCUUCGAGAUGUACAGCUACCCGGCAGCAGAGAAAUGGAAUUACGUGGCAGUCGAGAGUGGGGACGAGGGGAGGAUCAUCCUAGGUAGUUACUACACCCUCAAAAAGGAGGUGCCUAGGGUAGCUUGCCCCGCGUUCGAAGACUUACCCGUUUCACUAAACCACGAGCUAGAUAAGCAGCAGCAGAAAGAGGUGCGGACGCUUUUGGUGGAGUAUAAGGAGGUCUUUUCCACGGAGAAGGAGACGCUAGGAACCCAUCCCACCAUUCGCCACCACAUUGCCACCGGGAGUGCCAAGCCGAUAGCCCACAAGCCCUACCCCAUCCCCAUGUACAUAUCCCUCUUUCCCAACAACCAGGAGGAUGAUGAGGAAGAGAGUAGUGAGUCGGUGACCAAGGGGGAGAUGGAGAAGGGUGACGAGGAAGAGGAGAGUACGGAGGAGAAUGGAGGAGAAGAGGAGGAGAGCUUUGAAGAGGGGCAGCGGCCGGAUGAGGGAAUAGAGGAGGAGCAACUGCUAGAGGAGAUAGGGCAGCCUAAGAAGAAGGCAAAGGUGGAAGGAGAGGAAGGCGAGGAGGAGACCCCUAGUAAGAAUCUCGCGUCCGAGACCGCCCUCGAUAUAUGGGACGACACCAACACGUUGUUCUUCUUGGAGAAGGGAGUGGUUGAUCCGGCAUUGAGCACGGUGGAGAAGAGGAGGGUGAGAGCAAGGGGAAAGAACUUUGAGUGGAGGGAUGGGAGGCUGCUGAAGAAGAUCAAAGGGGAGUUGAAGCCGGUACCACGGAAGGAGGAGAGGAGGGACAUCAUAGCAUUUCUUCAUGGGUUGGGGCAUUUGGGGGUGCCAAGGACCACGGACUUGGUGAAGAAGCAGUAUGAUUGGGCCUCAAUCCAUUCUUCCACCAAGUUUUCCCCCUUCUUCCUACAGUAUGGGCGCCACCCAAACAUCACGCGCACCACCAUGUCGGAGUUUGAGGCGCGGGAGCUGUCGGAGUUGUCCACAGAGGAGGAAGCGGAUGCGGUAGCCGGGUAUCUCUAUAGAAGGUCCUCGGAUAUGGAGCUGGUGUUAGCUCAGGCAGUGGGGAACCAUGAUAGGCCGCAGGAGAAGCAGAAGCUAGAUUUUGACUUGAGGAGGACAACGGCCUUAGAGAUGGAGAAGUUGGUGAAGGGGGACUUUGUCCGCAUCAAGCCGAGUAAGAGGGUGGCAUGGGAGAAGCAGGCUAAUAAGUUUAAGACGCUGUUCAGGGUGAAGGAGGUGGAGCAGUUCGAUGUAGUGUUGGAGGAUAAGGCGGGAGCUUCAUGGAAGGAGUCUCGGGAGAACGUGAAGCUGGUGAAGUUCGUGCUUUAG